AUGGAAAGUGAAGUGAGAGAGAGAGACGAUAGGGUUCAAGUGAGACCAGAGAUACACUUCGUUCCUUGUCUGCCACAAGAACAAUCCAUCUUCCACGACAUGCAAUACAAUCACCAGCCUGAUUCAGACAGGAGGAGGCUUAGUCUUGGAAACUCACUUGGGCUGUCAUGUACGCAACUAUUGGCUCAGGUUGAUACAUUCGGCACAAGUUCAUCAGUUGGUGCAACAUCAAUCCCAAGCUAUGCCGCAGAUUCUCAAAUGUCAAUGGAUUCUUGGGUCAAUAGUAGCAAGAUGGAGUCCAAUCUGUGGACUUUGAGCCCUGAAUCCUCCCCUGGGACAAUAAAAGACAUUGUUGGAGAAGGAACAAUGGAAAAACCACAAUGUGAUGUGUUGUUAACUCCACAGAAGUUCAUUUGCGACCUUAAUCACACACCUGAAGAGAUGGUGAGAACCAGAUCGCAGAAAAACAAACCUGAGCUGUCUCCAAUAACACUAGACACGCCAGGGAAAAGAUUGCCUGAACCUCCUCACGCCACUACCAAGAAGUCUCUGCCUGAAACUGGAUCUCCUGCAGCAGAGGAAAAGGAAAGAAAGAGAGCAAGAGAUGAUGAUGACAAGACUAAACUGAAAACACCACAACAGACACAGAAGAGAAAGAAGAUCAGAGGAAAGGUUGCUGGUGAUGGCUACACAAACAAAUCUGCAUCUAAACCAGCUGUCAAAAAAGCCUCUGCUACUCCUACUCCAACUCCUCCUGCAUCUGCUGAAACUAAUCCUGAAGCUAACGGCAUCCAUGUUCGUCCAAAGAGAUCAUGCAAAAGAAUUCUAACAUUUAACACUGAUGUUGAAGAAGAAGAAGAGGAAGAAGAAGAAGAAUACAGUGGGCUCACUUUCACUUCAGAUGGUCGCAUAGGUAUCUCUUCAGGUGGUAAAAUACUACAAGUACUUGAUGACAUCCCAGAGAGAAGACUCCAAAGCUGGACUCGAUCAGAAACAACUAAUGAUCAAUCUGUCACCGGCAGCGAAAGCUUAAGCAUGUCAGAAAAAAAGUUCUUGAUACAAUUUCAAAACAUUCAAAGGAAACGGAGAUCUAGUAUAGUUACAGAACCACAUAACCUCCUGUCAGAGAUGAAACCGAGUGUGUUUAGAAAGAAAAGAAGUAACAGAGACGCUAUAGCAAGCAAGCUCAACGCAAGAGUGUUACACCUGAAGUGGAGACGCCACAGUGCAACAGGUCCAUCUGAUGAGGAACUAUGGGAACGAAAAAUCUCAAUCGAUAAUGUCACAGAGUUAUUCAAUGAGCUAGACAUCACGAGAGACAGUUCUUGCCUUCCACAUAGUAAAGAAACUGCACUAGUUCUACAUCAAGAGACAUGUAAGAAACAAAAGGCACUGUACAUGAAAGAUGGCUCAAUCAUUCCAUAUCCUGAUGAGAAAAACUAUCAGACGAAAGUAGAAUUGGAUGAGGAAUCAACAAGAGUGUGGAAACUCCUGAUGGUGAGUAUCGACAGUGAAGGUGUUGAUGGAACAGAUGAGGAUAAACAAAAAUGGUGGGAAGAGGAGAGGAAAAUGUUCCAUGAACAUGCAAACACAUUUAUCUCUCGCAUGCGUCUUGUACAAGGUGACAGAAGAUUCUCACCUUGGAAAGGCUCUGUGGUGGAUUCAGUUGUUGGUGUUUUCUUGACUCAGAAUGUGGCAGACCAUACAUCAAGCUCUGCGUUUAUGGACAUAGCUGCAGAGUUUCCAGUAAUCUUCAACUCCAUCAAGGGAUCCUGCCAUGAAGAUUUGGGAAGUUCAGUAACUGAUGAAAACUUGGACUCUGGAAAUGCAGCUGCAACUCCAAGAACACAUAACCAAACUUGCUUCGUCAUAGAUGAGAUUGAUGAUGACGGCGUUGAUGCUGUUUGUAGUCAAGAAUCAUCUAAAAGCAGCGAUAGCUCCAUCUGUUCAACAAACCAAUCGAAAAAGAUGCUGCUGGAUCCUCCUACGAACAGCUUUGAAGCACAUUUUCAGCAAGGGAAUUCAAUGAACCUAAACGAAGUGCCCAUCGAGGUAGAGAGCUGUGAUGAAUUCAGAAACAAUGUUGAUGAAGGAAGUCAGAUUCAACAACAAGAACAGAAGAAAACUAUAAUUCAGUCACAACACGAGGAACCGAAGACAAGAACAGACCAGCAUACAAACUUGAACAAGAAGAAACCUGCAAAGAAAAGCAAAACAAAGAACAAGGCAAAGAAAAGCAAACCAAAGGAUAGCUUUGACUGGGACAGUUUGAGACGAGAAGCAGAAAGUAGUGGCCGAAAGAGAGAGAGAACAGAAAGAACUAUGGACGCGGUUGACUGGGACGCACUACGAUGUACAGACGUAAAAAAGAUCGCUGAUCUAAUCAGAAAACGUGGAAUGCACGACAUGCUUUCUCAUAGAAUCAAGGAUUUCUUAAACAGAAUGGUUCAAGACCAUGGAGAGAUAAAUCUAGAGUGGCUAAGAGAUGUCCCUCCUGACAAAGCCAAGGAAUAUCUACUACGCAUAAAUGGAUUAGGAUUGAAAAGUGUGGAGUGUGUUAGACUUUUGUCACUACACCAGACUGCAUUCCCUGUUGACACCAAUGUUGGACGCAUAGCUGUAAGGCUCGGAUGGGUUCCUUUACAGCCAUUGCCUGACGAGCUACAAAUGCAUCUUCUAGAUUUGUAUCCAGUAUUGGAAUCUGUUCAAAAGUAUCUUUGGCCACGGCUAUGCAAACUUGACCAAAAAACUUUGUAUGAGUUACAUUACCAUAUGAUUACAUUUGGAAAGGUCUUUUGCACAAAGAAGAAACCAAAUUGCAAAGCAUGUCCAAUGAAAGCGGAGUGCCGUCAUUAUGCUAGUGCACGUACAAGUGCGCAACUUGCUCUACCAGAGGCAGAAGAAGAGGUUACAAUUCAUAAGAGAAGACCUAAGCACGAGUCUGUUGUUGUCAAUUUUCAACAGUCUUUAUUUCUUACUCGGGGCAAAGAGCAAGAAGAAGGACAGAGCUCCCAAGGCUGUGAACCAAUCAUUGAAGAGCCAACAACACCAGAACCACCAGAGUGUCCUGAUAUUGAGGAUUGUCAUUGGAACAAUGAAAAUGAAAUUUCUAGGGAUCCUUGGGAAAAUAAGGAUGUAAUUCCUACAAUCAUCCUUGGGAACAAAAAGAAUGGAAUCUCUACAAUAUUUGAAGUUGGAACAUCAAAGGAUUUGGUGGUACUAAACACCCAAACAGCAUCAAUACCAAGACACAAACUAAAGAACAAGGAAAAGCUGCGAACAGAGCACCUUGUCUAUGAGCUCCCAGACUCUCAUCCCAUUCUGCGAGGGUUUAAGCGGCGAGACCCCGAUGAUAUGUUUAGCUACCUAUUCGCUAUUUGGAGUCCAGGGGAAACAGCCAAUUCCAUUCAACUACCCAAGCAAAGAUGCGUUUCUCAAGAAGGCGAUAUAUUAUGUCAUGAGAAAAACUGUUUUCCAUGCAAUAAUAGACGUGAAGUGAAUUCACAAACAGUCCGAGGAACCAUAUUGAUUCCUUGCAGAACAGCGAUGGGAGGGAGAUUUCCUCUGAAUGGCACCUACUUCCAAACUAACGAGGUGUUUGCCGACCACGGCUCUAGUGUUAAGCCGAUAUACGUCCCAAGAGAAUCAAUAGGGAGCCUUAGAAGAGCAAUCGUGUACUUUGGAUCUUCUGCAAGCGCAUGUUUUGGAGGUUUAUCUGUGGAAGCGAUUCAAUAUGGCUUCUGGACAGGUUAUGUAUGUGUAAGAGGAUUUGACCGCAAGACCAGGAAAUCAAAAGCUUUGGUUAAAAGAUUGCAUUCACCACCCAGCAAAAAGAAGGAAUCAGACUAUGAGUAA